CUGCCGAAGAUCCUGGGGGAGGUGGGCAUGAGGACGCUGGGAGAGUACCAGGGUUACGACCCCGGCAUCAAUGCUGGCAUCUUCAACGCCUUCGCCACCGCGGCCUUCAGGUUUGGCCACACACUCGUCAACCCACUGCUUUACCGGCUGGACGAGAACUUCCAGCCGAUUGCACAAGGUCACCUCCCCCUUCACAAAGCUUUCUUCUCUCCCUUCCGGAUUGUGAAUGAGGGCGGCAUCGACCCGCUUCUCAGGGGGCUGUUUGGGGUGGCGGGGAAAAUGCGUGUGCCCUCGCAGCUGCUGAACACGGAGCUCACGGAGCGGCUGUUCUCCAUGGCACACACGGUGGCUCUGGCUGCGGCCAUCAACAUCCAGCGCGGCCGGGACCACGGGAUCCGCCCUAACGACUACAGGGUCUACUGCAACCUGUCGGCAGCACACACGUUCGAGGACCUGAAAAAUGAGAUAAAAAACCCUGAGAUCCGGGAGAAACUGCAAAGGUUGUAUGGCUCCACACUCAACAUCGACCUGUUUCCAGCGCUCAUGGUGGAGGACCUGGUGCCUGGCAGCCGGCUGGGCCCCACGCUGAUGUGUCUUCUCAGCACACAGUUCAAGCGCCUGCGAGAUGGGGACAGGUUGUGGUAUGAGAACCCCGGGGUGUUCUCCCCGGCCCAGCUGACUCAGAUCAAGCAGACGUCGCUGGCCAGGAUCCUGUGCGACAAUGCGGACAACAUCACCCGAGUGCAGAGCGACGUGUUCAGGGUGGCGGAGUUCCCUCACGGCUACGGCAGCUGUGACGAGAUCCCCAGGGUGGACCUCCGGGUGUGGCAGGACUGCUGUGAAGACUGUAGGACCAGGGGGCAGUUCAAUGCCUUUUCCUAUCAUUUCCGAGGCAGACGGUCGCUUGAGUUCAGCUACCAGGAGGACAAGCCGACCAAGAAAACAAGACCACGGAAAGUACCCAGUGUUGGGAGACAGGGGGAAUAUCUCAGCAACAACACCUCAGCCUUCAGCACACGCUCAGAUGCACCCGGGACAAAUGACUUCAGAGAGUUUGUUCUGGAAAUGCAGAAGACCAUCACAGACCUCAGAACACAGAUAAAGAAACUUGAAUCACGGCUCAGUACCACAGAGUGCGUGGAUGCCGGGGGUGAAUCUCACGCCAACAACACCAAGUGGAAAAAGGAUGCGUGCACCGUUUGUGAAUGCAAAGACGGGCAGGUCACCUGCUUUGUGGAAGCUUGCCCCCCUGCCACCUGUGCUGUCCCUGUGAACAUCCCAGGGGCCUGCUGUCCAGUCUGCUUACAGAAGAGGGCGGAGGAAAAGCCCUAGGCUCCUGGGAGGCUCCUUGGAGUUUGUCUGCUAUGCCAUCGUGAGAUCAGGUGGCCGAUGGCAGGGAGCUGCAGGCUGCAGACCAGGAAACACCCAGAACUCGUGACAUUUCAUGACAACGUCCAGCUGGUGCUGUUACAGAAGGCAGUGCAGGAGACUUCCAACCGGAGCAUCUGCGGAGGAGGAGGCAGAGCAGGUGCCCGAAAGGAAGCAGGCAGGAGUCCUAGCUUCACGUUAGACUUCUCAGGUUUUUAUUUAAUUCUUUUAAAAUGAAAAAUUGGUGCUACUAUUAAAUUGCACAGUUGAAUCAUUUAGGCGCCUAAAUUGAUUUUGCCUCCCAACACCAUUUCUUUUUAAAUAAAGCAGGAUACCUCUAUAUGUCAGCCUUGCCUUGUUCGGAUGCCAGGAGCCAGCAGACCUGUCACCCGCAGAUGGGGUGAGUCUCGGAGCUGCCAGAGGGGCUCACCGAAAUCGGGGUUCCAUCACAAGCUAUGUUUAAAAAGAAAAUUGGUGUUUGGCAAAUGGAACAGAACCUUUGAUGAGAGUGUUCACAGGGACACUGUCUGGGGGUGCAGUGCAAGCCCCCGGCCUCUUCCCUGGGAACCUCCGAGCUCCUCCUUCCUCUGGACUCUCUGUAACAUUUCACCACACGUCAGCAUCUAAUCCCAAGACAAACAUUCCCGCUGCUCGAAGCAGCUGUAUAGCCUGUGACUCUCCGUGUGUCAGCUCCUUCCACACUUGAUUAGAACAUUCAUAAGCCACAUUUAGAAACAGGUUUGCUUUCAGCUGUCACUUGCAUACAUACUGCCUAGUUGUGAACCAAAUGUGAAAAUCCUCCUUCAUCCCAUUGUGUAUCUGAUACCUGCCGAGGGCCAAGCGUGUGCGUUGACAACGCCGCUCCCAGCCGGCCCCGGUUGCGUCCACGUCCUGAACAAGAGCCGCCUCCGGAUGGCUCUUCCCAAGGGAGGAGGAGCUCAAGUGUUGGCAACUGUCUAACUUCAGGUUGUGUGAGUGCGUUAAAAAAAAAAAAAAAAAAAGAAUCCCUAUACCUCAUUUGUAUUUUUAAAAUGCAUGAUGUUUUAUGAAAUUUUGUCCAUUUUUUAGGUAUUAGAUGUGACACAGAAACCAUUUCCACUAUGCAAAGUUCUUUUAGAAGUCAGUGAAAAUCAACUCUCAUACCUCAUGGUCUCUCUUUAAUUGACCAAAACCUUCCAUUGUUCUCCAAAUGCAAAGCGAUCUGUGUUCUGAGCAACCUUUCCCCGAACACACAGCUUCAGUGCAGCACGCUGACCUGAGUACCCACCGUGUGCCAGGCACAGUGCUGGGCACACGAGGCACCAAGGUCCGGGCCACCUGCCCGCAGUAAGGCCCAGCUGAGGUGGUGGAGGAGGAAGCCCCUGACGUCACGGGCCGUUUCAGUUCAGGGUGGCAGGUGUCCAGCACUGGGGUAUGGCGUCAUGGCUUCCAUGGGGUGGGGGAGGCCAGCUUCUUUCUGACAGGAUGGGCGCAUACAGUGCCUGGUGUGAUUUGUGCACGACCCGUGUUCCAGGUGCACAUCCUCCCAAAGAGACGCCCAGACCCUUCCAGCACGAGCCGGCCAAGUUGCUGUGGCGGAGGCAGCAUUUCAGCUGUGAGGAAGGUCAUUGGAUUCAUGUGUUUUAUCUGUAAAAAUGGUUGUCUUGACUUCUUAGCCUCAUAUUGGUAAAUGAUUGAUAAAAAUUGGUUGGUGUUUCAUGACAUGUGGACUUCUUUUGAAAUAGCAAGUCAAAUGUAGUGACCAAAUUGUGGAAGAGAUUUCUGUAAAAUAGGAAAUGUGUAAGUUCGUCUAAAAGCUGAUGGUUAUGUAAGUUGCUCAGGCACUCAGAUGACAGCAGAUGCUGGGUUCUGGGAGUGUUCUGUGCCUCUUACGUGCCCUGGCGGCCUCUGCGGUCUCAGUGCUGAGGCGGCACACCCGUGGCCGCCCGCGUAACGUGCGGUCUGGGCCAGUCACAAGGAAUUGUGUUGUCUAAGCCAAAGGGGGAAGCUGACUGUGAUUUACCAAAAAAAAUUCUGUAAUUCAAGCCAAAAUGUCUGCGGAAUCACCAGUUUGAGACUCUCUGUAAUCAGAACAGCGGGCAGUGCCUGGGUGAACGUGUCUAGCAGCCACUGUGUGGGGUCGCUGUGACAGGAGUGGAAUGUACAUAUUUAUUUACUUUUCUAACUGCUCCGACAGCCAAAUGCCUUUUUUAUGACCAUUGUAUCCAGUUCAUUACCAAAGAAAUGUUUGCACUUUGUAAUGAUGCCUUUCAGUUCAAAUAAAUGGGUCACAUUUUCAAAUGGA